AUGAGGGAGAAGAAGAAGAACCUCCUUCCUUGGCCUAGUUCUGAGGAGGCGCCGAAAUCGUGGAGCUGUGGCACUGAGUGGAUGAGAAGUGGACGGAUCGGAGAUGAUAAGACGCGGCCUUCACGGGAUACAUUUUCCACAAAGAAGGGAGCCGAAGUUGUUGACCUCGGAUCGCGAGACAGAAGCGGUCAAAUAGUCCAGUCUGAUUUAAAUUCUUAUUCAGGCCCUACUGAAUGUUAUGCGGACUACUCACUUGGCUAUAAGUAG